AUGCCUGAGACCGGCGUCUACAGAAUUCGCAGUUAUCUAGAUGCUCACCUGGUUCUGGAGCUCAAAGAUGGGAAGACAUGGGGAAGAGUCCAACUAGCGAAACUUAAUACAACUAAUGCAGCCCAAACAUGGAAGCUGAGUCAAGUCGACGGUCAAUGGAUUUUCGACAAUGAGAGUAGUGACAAUCAACUCCUUUCCCCUCUCGCCGACAACAGUCACAGCCAGUUAUUCAGUUCAGGACUCAAACCCAACAACAAUGAGAUUCUGAGAUGGAAACUCUCCCAAUACGAAGAUGGUUCUUUCAGGAUUGAAAACGCGGCGUUUCAUGGCCAAGUGGUCGACCUUCAAGAGGCGAAGGCGCAGCCAGAGCAACCCGUCAUUACCUUCCCGUACAGAGAUGAGAAUGUCGGAAGUGGUUCGCUGCCAUGGUUGCAGGCCGAAAAGAAGGGGUUUUGGUGGUUGAGGACGGCGGAUGGCAAUAUCUAG